UCUCUAACGGUAGGCUUCGACCCUCAGCGUGCUUUGACUAUUUCCGUGGUUCCUUUUGACAUUUGACCAUCAUGGCUCAAAAUAUCGCUUUUGGAACGGCGAUUGUGCCGCCGCCACCCGUCUUUCUACCUGUCCCCGACACGCCCACCCUUGCGUGGCCGGCAUGGAAGCGUGCCUUCACCGCUUUUCUUGGCGCUUCGGGGUUCGAACAGAUGGGACCGCGUCGUAAAAAACAACUCCUGUUUUCAUUGCUCGGCACUGAAGGCCAGCGUGUGGUUGACGCAUUCCGCUUGGACGAUGCACCGGCGACUGAGCUCAAUGACGAGUAUGAAAUAUUUUUGGAGAAGUUAGAAAAACUCUUUGAGUUCUCGGGGUCCGUAACACUGGAAAGAAAGAAACUCCCUGCUAGAGUCCAACGUCCCGGCGAAUCAGUCUCCGAAUACCUUGCCGCAUUACGUCAUCAAGGCUCUUUCUGUAGCUACGGCGCUACGUUAAACGAACGCCUGUGUGAAAUCUUUUUGGAGGGGUUGGAUUCGAAGAAAGUUCAGGACCCCAUUUUACGUGAAUGCGUCGGGGCCGAGGUACCCACCCUGGACAGAGCGUUCCAGCUCGAAAUACAAUUUGAACAACUUGCGAAAACGACUGAAUCGUUUCAUCGCCAGACGAGUGCGGUGUCGUCUUUCCCUGUUGACGACGGAUGCCGCGGUUUGGAACCGGCAGCGGUCCAAGAUAUUCAUGCGUAUGCUCAGUGGCGUGCGAAUCAAGAUGGCGGAGCUUCCGUGUUGCCCGCCCAACUCUAUCACCAAUAUGGUCACCCUCCGUGUCCUUCCACCGGGAUGGCCCCGUCGCAGCGAGGUCCCGUGAUGCCGUGGGGUCAACCAUCGUCUGACGGCCAUCUUCCCCGUUUCCAAGGGCGGGCAAGGCGGCCAACAGUCCGCGAGCCUCCUCCUCACCGCGCGAGGGAGAGAGAAGAUGCAGGCUCUCUCUCUGCGUGCUGGUUCUGUGGCCGGCGCGACCAUGCCCGCGAGUUCUGCCCGGCACGGAACGCGACGUGCUUUCUGUGUGGGAAGCAGAGACAUUUUGCUCUAAUUUGCCGCAGUCGUCAAGCACAGUCAGCAGCAUUCAUUAACGAUGAACGACAAGCAUCAUUUCCAGUGCGGGGUCGAGGACAACCCUGGUGCCGUGGACAACUUGCCGGACGCUACCAGAGCAGCCGUUUUUAUCGACGAGACGGAUCGACCCAUGUGGGAACUGUCCAUCAGGAAGUCCUGCCGAGUGUGACGUUUGACCAGCACGAGGUCUCGGUGCAGUCUACGGAUCGCCUCGCACGCGACCCGGGUCUCCGCAACGUGUUCUUGGCAGAUGUUCAACUGGAAGUGGAGCAGAGCCACCUCGGAAUGUAG